AUGAUUGAAGUUGUGGAAGAACAGGAACAAGAAAUUGUUGAUAAUGAAGAAGAGAUGGUUGAAGCUGAAGAAGUUCAGGAACCAGAAUUCAUGAUUCUUGGUGAACCUUCUGAACCUAUGGAUGUUGAUAAUAUUCUUCGAAGGGUUGAGGUUAUUCAAAGAAAGAGAAAGUUUCAUGAUCUAAAAAGAAAGGGAAAGAUAGCUCGUGGAGAGAUAAUUGAUGAUGACUCUGGAGAUGAAGAAGAAGAGGAUGAAGAUAAAGAUGAUGGCAAAGCUGAUAAUAAACCUGAUGAUAAAGAUGACAAAGGUAAUGAUGACAAUGAUCAAGGUGGUUCAGGGUUGUUAAUCAGAGAACCAGUCACCCAAGAAAGAAUAGAUGAAUUACUGAAUGAUGAGAUAAAUGAACUGGAGGAUGAAGCAUAG